AAGAACACGUAUUCGUCCAUUUUCGACUUUACUUUUAUUCCUGUGGUUCCUGAAGUCGACAUGGGUGUCCGCGGCGGGACGAGGCGCGUCGCCGUGACCCUCGGCUGCGUUCUGCUAUCGAUGCUCUACUUGCCAGAGUCUCUCCAGAUGACGGUGACCCCCGACGCAGGAGCCACGGUCACCGUGCACUCUCAGGGGGACUCGUGCACGCUGUGCACGGGGAACGCCACGGCACCAGCGGCGUGCGACUCCACGGAGGUUUCCCUGCCCCCCGGGGACAACGUGACCCUCCAUUUCUCCUGCUCAGAGACCCUGGGGGCGUCCUACCGGGCCCGGAUCCAGCGCGCCAUCGCAUGCACCAAGGACCGCUGCAGCCCGGCCCAGGGGGUGGCCCAGGCCUCCUUCCUCUCCGCCCUCCCCCGGACCCUCAUCUGGCCGCUGGCGGUCCCAGAGGACACCAUGGCGGAGCUCAACCUCAUCGGGGACGGGCUGACGGAGGCGGCGGCGGGGGCGGCGUCCUGCCCCGACGGCUCCACCUACGUCCUGACCCGGACGACCCCCGACGGCGGCGGGCCCACGGCCCGGACGUACUGCCGCGGCGGCAGCACCACCGACCUCACGCUGCCGGGGGGCGGGGCCCUGACGCUGGCCCUGGGACCCGGGGUGGAGGCCCCGCCCACGGUGUUCUCGGUGACCGCCAAGCCGCUCAAAGGCCCCACCGUCCCGGUCACCCUCGACCCCGGCGUCACCAUGGUGAUCCGCAGGGCGCCCGGCCGCCCGCAGUGCGGGGUGUGCACCGACAAGGGGGCGACGUGCAGCCCUACCGACGUGUCGCUGAGCAAGCCGCAGGCGGCGGAGCUGGAGUUCGGCUGCCCCGAGCCACAGGAGGUUUUCAACGUGCGCCUCCAGAGGAUGAUAGACUGCACCGAGACCGCCUGCACCCCGCCCUCCGGAGAACUUCAGCCCGGCCUGCUGUCGGACUUCAGGAGGACCUUCUCCUGGGACGUGAGCCUGGCCAGGAGAGGCGUCCUCACUCUGGACUUCCCGGCGCCGGGACUGAGGGAGACGACGGCGACGGAGGACGGCUGCCAAGGCGCGCACAAGUACUCUGUCCGUACGAGCGACCGCGGAGGGGAGACCGAGACCACGUACUGCGGCGGGGGGCCGCUGACACAGCUCAGGUUCCUGGGAAAGACUUCGCUGGCCCUGGAGGUUCCCCGGGGGGCGGAGCCGGACAAGGCGGCGUUCCGGGCCUCGGCCGCUCCCAAACCCAGCAGGACCACGCUGGUGACCCCUGACCCCAACACCGACAUCAUCCUGAAACGUGAGGGCGAGGAGCCCGACUGCGAGGUGUGCGUGGGCCCCAAGUGUGACCCCUCGUACCUGAACCAGAGAUACGCUGGAAACUUCUCGGUGGUGUUCGGCUGCCCCGGCCCUCAGGAGAUGUACGAGGCGCAGAUCAUCCAGGAGAUCGACUGCAUCGAGACGCCCUGCCUCGGGAACCCGGUCCGGGUCCAGUCCACAUUGUUCCCGGACUUCAACAGGACCUUCAACUGGGACAUGAAGGUGCCCUCCACCAGGACCAUCCUGAUGGCGUUCCCCGAGCCCGGGCUGCGUCAGGUCGCCCAGGGGGACACCUGUCUGGACGGCCACACCUUCGUCCUGCUGGCCUACCUGCGGACCGGAGUGGUCCAGAUCGGGACCUACUGCCGGGGCGGGCCCCUCACCACCAUCCAGGUCCGCUACAAGGCCCGCAUGAUGCUGAGCGUCCCCAGAGGCCAGACCCCCGACCCCGGGCCCUUUGAGCUCAGUGUGGGACCGGAGACCACGACGCUGGCCAUCCUGACGGCAGAGCUCCCCCGGGGCGUGUCUAACACCUCCUUCUCCUCGGCCCACUACCCGGGGUGGUUCCCCACCGAGGAGCAGAUGACCUGGGACGUCCGGGUGCCCGGGAUGCACAACUACUCGGUGGUCUUCACGGACCACCGCCUGCCGGAGGAGUGCCUGUCCAAGGAGGUCCGGCUGCGGUACCAGGGCCCCGGCGGGAAGGUGACCCCCCUGGGCCUGGACGCCCCGCAGCCCCGGCACAAGCAGGGGAACUUCAACCUGUCGCUGAGCAACUGCAGGCCCAACCAGACGCUGGACGGGCUGAGGCUGGACUUCACCGUGUCGGUGAUGAGGAGCGGUCACCCGGUGUUGUGCACGGUGGACCUUACCAAGCAGACGGACCUGACCCUGCAGAUAGAGAGGGUGGGCUCGGACCCCAACUGUGAGCUGAGCCUGGACUCGGUGGUGCGGGACGCGGUCCGAGUGGCCCCCGGGACCCAGGGCCGGCUGUCCUUCCUGGACUGUCCCAAGGAGGACCUGCGGCUCACCGCCAGCAGGGUCAUCGACGGUUCGUCCUGCAGGGGCCCCUGCCUCGUGGCCGAGGCCCUGCUCACUGUGCCCCCGGUGGACGCCUGUCUGCCCGUGGCCCUCAGCAGCUUCACCUGGCACCUGCUGGUCCCCGCCAACGCCACCCUGGACCUGCGGUCCCCGGCCCCGGGGGGCCUGCGCCAGUCGCUGCCUGGCCAGGAGUGCGGCGGCGCGGGGGCGCUGAGCCUCGUCGAGGGGGUCUCCGACGGCGGGCAGCGCAUCGGGACGUUCUGCCAGCAGGGGGUGCUGGAGAGGAUUCAGGUGCACGGCAACGUCUCGGUCACCGUGGCGACGCGGGGUGUGACCAGGGCCCCGGGGCCCGUCCUCAACGUCUCCGUCACCGAGGAGAUCUCAGAACACAUCAUCUACACUGUGCGGCCCCAGUUCCCCGCCCCCGCCCUGCUGGCCACGCCCAACUGGCCGGAGGGCAUGAGGCCCUCGUCUACGGUGUCCUGGAUGGUCCAGGUGCCGCCCCAGUUCCUCGCCCUGGUGCAGUUCCCCAACGUCACCCAGCCCACCUGCGCCCAGCGCCACACCAGCAUCAAGGUGCAGCAAAUGGGCUCCAAGGAGGAGAUGCUGAGUAGGCGGGAGGAUGAGGUCCUGGAGGACACGGUGGUGUCGGAGAGCUUCUACCUCAACAUGUCCAACUGUGUGCCGGACGGACGCCACUUCUCCGCCCUGUCGAAGGUCACCCUGCAGCCCAGUAACAGUCCGGUCGGCAUCAUUCUGGGGGUGCUGGGUGCUGUGCUCCUGCUGGUGUUGGUGUUUGUUGCCGUCGGCCUGUUGGUCAGGAAGAAGAAGAAGAACGACAAGGAGGCCAGGGAGGCGUCCAUCUACAUCGGCAAGGGCAACAUGUUCCGGCCGGGCGACGCCCACUUUGCCAAGGUGCGGUCGGACAACGCGUCGCACAUCUACGACGCCAUCGAUGAAAACAUGGUGUACGGCCAUCUGCUACGGGACUCCACCUUUGCCGAGGCCAUGCCCGACCGCUUCAACGGCAUGCAGCUGGACUCCUACCGCACCUUCACCGGCCCCCCAGACGGGGGCGCCGCCGACGCCACCUACGACGAGGACGAGGGCGAGCUGGGGGCGUAUGACGCAGGCGGCGGCGGCGGCGGUGGCGGUGGCGGCAGCGAGCGCUACCAGACGUUCCUGGACCCGGCGGACUCGUUCCUGCCCCCGCGGCCCCGGACCCCCAUCGGACGCGAGGAGAGCCUGGGCUACCAGGACCGGCGCAUGGUGGACAACGCACUGUACACCUUCAAGGGCACCAGCACCUUCAACACCAUCCGGCUGUCGGGUGCCGACCAGCAGGACGACGACGACUUAUAGCGGCGGGGGGGGGGGGGGGGGGGGGGCGGGGGGGGGGCACAAGGGAUGGACCGUCGCCGCGGCAACCGACCCGGGGGACCGUCGUCGUGGCGUCCGACCCGACGGAACGACAACCGAUGGACCGCCGUCGCGGCAACCCGACACAAAAACGUCGUCGUGGCAACCCUCCCCAGAUUGACCGUCGACACGGCAACCCACCGGAUUGGCGGUCGUCAGCCCAACAGACCAGACCUGUGAAUAGGGAGGCUGGGGAGGGGGGGGGUUGUGAUGGGGGAAUAGGGCCUACACUGGGUCAUGGAGACCCUGGAGCAGAACUGGCGCAUGCCACAAACUGUCCAGUAGAGGGCGACGCUUCGCCGGGUGUUUGAGUCUGUGUUCUUGUCUCGUUCAAUCUGCUUCUUGUGAAUAUUUCUUAACCCCAAUAUGGACACGAAAAGGCCCCAAUGGAUGGAUUCAACUCGUCUUAUUAAUUAACGGACACUCAAAUGUAUUUUGCCUACUUUUAAAGGUCUUUCGUUGUCUGUUCUAGUCUUUUUACGUUUUCCUCCAGUGAAUAAAAUUCAUUGGAUUUAAAAAUAA